GAUAACGGCACUUCUCAUUUCUUCCCUCUCAUACUUCCAUUUCCACAUCCACCACUCACUCUCACCAACACCGCCAUAACAAUUUGCUCCAAAAUCUUAAACCCUAACUGAGAAUAAGAAGAUGCUAUCAUGCACUAACAGCAUCUUCCAUGGCCCUGCCACCAAAAAUCGCCAUUCCCAACCUUCUAAGUUCCAACGUCCCAAACCUCUCCUCUUUCCUCCCCGUCCUCGCUUGGCCACUAUCGGGAAUUUCAAGUUCCAUUCUCCGUUUUCUGGCAAGAAACUAUUCAGUGUAAAAGCUUCUAUUGAUUCUUCGUCACAGGUUUUAGAGUCACUCGAUAUUGGUGGUCCGCACAUUGGACUGCAACCGUAUUCCGUGAAGAUUCCCGUCGGUGACAGAUAUAUUUUGGUUGAGACUGGCCAUAUGGGAAGGCAAGCAAGUGGCUCUGUUACAGUUACAGAUGGAGAGACUAUUGUCUACACCACUGUUUGUUUCAAUGAUGUUCCUAGCGAGCCAUCUGAUUUUUUCCCCCUUUCUGUGAAUUAUCAAGAGCGUUUUUCAGCUGCUGGUCGCACUAGUGGAGGUUUUUUCAAACGAGAAGGAAAGACAAAGGAUCACGAGGUUCUUAUUUGUAGAUUGAUUGAUAGGCCUCUGCGUCCUACUAUGCCUAAGGGCUUCUACCAUGAAACACAAAUAUUAUCUUGGGUUUUGAGCUAUGAUGGAUUGCAUAGCCCCGAUUCUUUGGCUGUCACUGCAGCUGGUAUAGCACUUGCACUUUCAGAAGUGCCCAUGACAAAAACAGUUGCUGGAGUUCGAAUUGGCCUUGUUGGUGAUAAGUAUAUUGUAAACCCUACUACUGAGGAGAUGGAAAACUCUGAGUUGGACCUCAUGCUGGCUGGCACAGACAGUGCAAUAUUGAUGAUCGAGGGUUAUGGCCAUUUUCUUCCAGAAGAGAAGCUACUUAAAGCUGUAGAAGUUGGUCAGGAUGCAGUGCGUGCAAUUUGUAAUGAGGUAGAUGUCUUGGUCAAGAAAUGUGGGAAACCAAAGAUGACUGAUGCCAUCAAGUUGCCUCCUCCCGAGCUUUAUAAAUAUGUUGAGGAAAUUGCUGGUGAUGAGUUGGUAAAAGUUCUUCAAAUUAGAAACAAAAUACCAAGAAGGAAAGCCCUCUCAUCAUUAGAAGAAAAGGUUCUUAAGAUACUUACAGAAAACGGGUUUGUCAUAAAUGACGCAUCACCAAGGAGUAAUGCUGAAACCAUUGCAGAGAUUCUUGAGGUUGAGGAUGAAGAUGAGGAAGUAAUUGUUGAUGGUGAAGUUGAUGAAGGCGAUGUUCAUAUAAAGCCCACUCCACGCAAACCAACACUUUUAGCUCAGUGCUCUCUAUGCUCAUUGUUAUGUUACAAAGCAGAGAGAGAAGUUGUCUUGUCCGAAGGAGGUCAUGCUCUGCUGUUUUCUGAGGUAGAUGUGAAGUUGGUAUUUAAGGAAGUCACAUCCAAGUUUUUGAGGAAACGUAUAGUAGAGGGUGGGAAAAGGAGUGAUGGUAGAACACCAAAUGAAAUUCGUCCAAUUAACUCAAGCUGUGGCCUGUUACCUAGAGCACAUGGAAGUGCUCUUUUUACGAGGGGCGAGACACAGUCACUAGCUGUUACUACACUUGGAGAUAACAAGAUGGCACAAAGAAUAGACAAUCUUAUGGGUGUUGAUGAUUACAAGAGGUUCUACCUGCAGUAUUCGUUCCCUCCUUCAUGUGUUGGAGAGGCUGGCCGGAUUGGCGCACCGAGUAGAAGAGAAAUUGGUCAUGGGAUGCUUGCUGAGAGAUCGCUUGAAACAAUUUUGCCUUCUGAAAAUGACUUCCCUUACACUAUUCGUGUUGAGAGUACUAUUACAGAAAGCAAUGGUUCUUCAAGCAUGGCAUCUGUUUGUGGAGGUUGCUUAGCAUUGCAAGAUGCCGGGGUUCCUAUUAAGUGCUCAAUUGCUGGAAUUGCAAUGGGUUUGGUUCUUGAUACCAAGGAAUUUGGUGGAGAUGGAACUCCGCUUAUUCUGUCCGACAUAACUGGAUCUGAAGAUGCAUCUGGAGAUAUGGAUUUUAAGGUUGCUGGGAAUGAAGAUGGCAUAACUGCAUUUCAGAUGGACAUUAAGGUGGGUGGAAUUACCUUGCCCAUCAUGAGAGAAGCACUCCUACAGGCAAGAGAGGGCAGAAAGCAUAUACUUGGAGAAAUGAUGAAUUGCUCGCCCCCUCCAGCAAAAAGGCUUUCAAAGUAUGCUCCUCUGAUUCACGUCAUGAAGGUCAGACCGGAUAAAAUAAAUCUCAUAAUUGGUUCUGGUGGGAAAAAAGUGAAGAGCAUUAUUGAGCAAUCUGGAAUAGAGGCUAUUGAUACUGAAGAUAAUGGCACUGUGAAAAUAUAUGCGAGAGAUUUGGCUAGUUUAGAGAAAUCUAAGGCUAUCAUUAGUAAUUUGACAAUGGUUCCAAGUGUUGGUGAUGUAUAUAGGAACUGUGAAAUCAAAUCAAUAGCUACGUAUGGAGUUUUUGUAGAGAUAGCUCCUGGACGGGAGGGACUUUGCCAUAUUAGUGAACUGAGUUCAGGUUGGCUACCUAAGGCAGAAGAUGUUUUCAAGGUGGGAGAUCGGAUUGAUGUUAAACUUAUUGAGAUAAAUGAUAAGGGACAGCUGCGUCUUAGUCACCGAGCACUGCUUCCUGAUGCAGAUCCAGACAAUUCAAAUUCAAAUGCUACAGCAGCUUUGCCAGACUCAGCUAAUAAUGGUUUGUCGGAUGAAGCUACAAGCCUGACAAAUGCUGGUUUAGUUGAAGGGAAAACUGAACAGACUAAUGAUAAUUUUAACACUCCCAAAGGCACAGUCUCGUCUAAAAGGAAUUCGGAGGACGAUUCUGUACUUCCAUCGAAAAAGUUUAUCCGGAGAUCGGUCAGCCCUUCCCAGGAUAAGCCCGUGGCUAACAAAGACAAGAUAAAGAAGACCGGCAAUAGAGCAGUAAGUAGUGUCUCUGGCAAAGAUGAAAGUAGUUUGGUUGGUGAACAGGCAUAAAAUUGUGAGCCAAAAUAUUUGCAUGUAAAACUGAGAAUGGUGAUGCUUAUGAUAAAAAUGGUUUCAUAUGCACACGAAGGAGGUUGCCUCGAAUGGUAUGAGCAGUCUAUCAAUUCAUUGUAUUGAUAUAUACCUAUCAUGUUUUGGUGGCAUGUGUUCUAAUAAUACUUAGUUAUUCCGUUUCUCAGAAAAGAUUUCCAAUGAAGAUUUUUCGGCACAUCCCGGUGCCUGAACUGGGAGUAUAGAAACUUACGGGACUCUAUUUUUUAAGGCAGAUAAUCUUGCUUGUGAAGGAAAGGUGCCAGAUUUUUACUAUCUGGUGGUCCUUUUGUAUAGUUUGUAAUCUCACUUGUAAUUUUACUGAUAUUUGUAUGUGACAGUAUCUCAUGGGAAUUUUUUCUGCUUCUCCCAAUGAUAUCUUCGAACUUAAGCCUUGUACUCUGAUCUUCAAUUAUUUAAAUGAUGCUUCCUUGUGAUAACUCCUAUUUUGGAAGUAUCACGUGUAAA